CUCCAAUGUUACUGGCCAAGAGGCAAAAUUGGUUUUAAGUAAAAAAUGCGCUACAUAUGGCCAGAAUACAAAAUAGGUAGGUGUGUACUGUGUACUGUUUGGAAGCAAGAUUCCUCUUUUAUUCCAAGUUGCACCACCAUUAGAGGAUAAAAGACAAAACUGUAUGACCAAAAUACGAACUUGGGGCAGUUAAGAGAGUGAGAACAAAGAAAGAGAGAGAGAAAAUGGAGAGGGAUAAUGAGGUUAGACCAUCAAGAUUCAAAAGGGUCUGUGUUUUUUGUGGGAGCAGCCAUGGCAAAAAAGCUAGCUAUCAAGAAGCUGCUAUUGAGCUUGGAAAAGUCUUGGUUUCAAAAAACAUUGAUUUGGUCUAUGGAGGAGGGAGCAUAGGUUUGAUGGGUUUGGUAUCUCAAGCUGUUCAUAAUGGCGGUCGGCAUGUAAUUGGCUUUAUCAAAAUGUUUGCUUUAUGGGGNCAGUUGACUGGUGAGACAAUAGGGGAGGUGAAAGCAGUUGCAGAUAUGCACCAAAGGAAAGCUGAGAUGGCAAGAUACUCAGAUGCUUUUAUAGCCUUACCAGGGGGCUAUGGAACUUUGGAGGAGUUACUUGAAGUCAUAACUUGGGCUCAGCUUGGCAUCCAUGAUAAGCCUGUAACUAAUGGCANUGUUGAUGAAUAUUACGACUCGUUUUUGUCGUUUAUCGACAAAGCCGUUGAGGAAGGGUUCAUCAGCCCAAAUGCUCGCCACAUAAUCGUAUCAGCACCAAAUUCAAAGGAGCUCGUCAAAAAAUUGGAGGACUAUGUCCCGAGCCAUGAGAGAGUUGCUUCGAAACUGAGCUGGGAAAACCGAGCAGUUGGGCUACUCUCGGAAAUAUGAUACCAAAAAGAAAAUGGAUUUGCUGCAUGAAAUAUAUAGUUUCAUCUUUUUUUAUUCGAAGAAGCUAACAGGAACUGUUGAAAUUUUCGUCGGCCGAGAAAAUCUUUUGUAAAUUUAUCCGGGACUAAUUCCUUUUGGUGUUCUUCCCCAACUUUCGAAAUUCGAUUUUGUUGUUGCAAGUUGUAACUAGUUCAUGCAUUGACGAAGUUUUAACCAUCUGACUACACAUACUCAACCACAACCGUGCAGGUGUGUGUUGAUCGGACGGUAGUUUUGGAUAAAAAAAAUUCGGGCCAUGAAGAUUACUGGUUGCUCAUGGUAAAACACUAAAAAUACUCUACUCUGGUCUCCUAUAAAAUUUUCAACUGGGAAAUAUCACAUAAUACUCUCAUUCAGGUAAUUAAUUGCCAAG